AUGGCGCUGGAUGGAUCUAGCAGUUAUGUUGCUCCGAGCAACCUAAUGGAGCCACAGAGCUCUUCCCUCCCCAUGUUCGACGUCGAACGGGUGCAGUUGGCCUUCUCCGUCGCCGCGGACUUCGUUGCAGCCCAAGUCGCGAACAAUGUACUUGUGCUAGCAUUAUCUACUAAUCGCAUUCUCCGAAUCGAUCUUGACUCUCCUGAAGAUGUUGAAGACAUCGAUCUCCCUAAGAAAUCCUCGGAAAUUGGAGUGAUUCAACGCAUGUUCCUCGAUCCCUCUGCGUCUCAUCUGAUCAUCACCACGACUCUGGGCGAAAACUACUAUCUCCAUGCCCAAACACCUUCGCGACAACCGAAACCAUUGACACGAUUAAAAGGCGUAUCAAUCGAAAGCAUCGCUUGGAAUCCGUCUUUACCCACCGCAUCUACUCGCGAGAUCCUCGUCGGCGCCACUGAUGGCAACGUCUACGAAACUUAUAUUGAACCCUCCAGCUACCGGCAGGAGAAGUAUACCACCCCGGUCUACCAGGUCCCGGAUACCUCUCCGGUAGUUGGUAUCUCGGUGGAACUAGUUCAUGCUAAACCUGAUCAAAGAAGGGUACUUGUGGCAACCUAUGGGAAGCUAUUGCAUUUCAUUGGUCGGGCAGGAGUUUCGAAGCACGGAAGGGAAAGUGGCGUUUAUUCGGAGCUUUUCCAGCGUGAGAUGCCAUUGAUUCAUGAGGUGCAAAAGCCAUCUAGCUCUGCUCCAUCUUCUCUAGUCAUUUCGCCCACGAUCUCGGAGAGCUAUCAGGCCGAGGGGUAUACCGAGAAACAAUUUGCGUGGCUCAGUUCUGAGGGAAUAUACCAUGGCGGGCUCACAUCAGAGUCUCCGUUCAAGUCCGCAAAUAUGCUUGCGCGCUCGGUAUUCCCAGCUUCAGAAUCGCCACGAGGAGGACGAAAAUUGAUACAAGACCCGAUCUCCGCAAUGACUUUGUCACAGUGGCAUGUCCUCGCCCUGGUAGGAGGAAGGGUGGUCGCAAUCAAUCGUCUAAGCCAGGAAGUUGUUCACGAUCAACCUGUGUUGGAACCUGGGCAGAGCGCGUUGGGCCUCUUGACUGAUCUCACCAAAAACACGUAUUGGCUUUUCACCAGCCAGGCCAUUUUUGAGGUUGUAGCGGGUGACGAAGACAGAGAUAUCUGGAAGAUUCUUUUGAAAGAGCAAAAAUUCGACGAGGCCCUGCACUAUGCCCGAGGUGCGUCCCAGCGAGAUGCUGUUAUGACUGCUACAGGUGAUUUCCUGGCAGGCAAGGGCAACUUCCUUGAGGCAGCCAAAGUAUGGGGCAAGAGUAGCAAAGGGUUUGAGGAGGUCUGCCUUACCAUGAUCGACCACAAAGAACAUGAUGCGUUGCGGAACUAUCUCCUCUCCCAGCUUGCAACAUACAAGAAAGCCUCGGUUAUGCAAAGAAUAAUGGUCGCAAGCUGGCUUGUCGAAUUGUUCAUGUCCAAGCUGAAUUCCCUCGACGAUAAUAUUGCCACCAAAGCAGAGUUGGCAGAGGGUACAAGCCCUGGAGAGAUCAAGAAUCAGCUUGGCAGCAUUCGAACGGAUUUCCAAGAGUUUGUGAACAGCCACAAAGCAGACUUGGACAAGAAAACAGUAUACGAUAUCAUCAGCAGUCACGGGCGGGAGGAAGAGUUGUUGUUCUUUGCAACCGCUACAAAUGAUCACAACUAUGUUCUCUCGUACUGGAUCCAACGCGAGAAAUGGCUGGAAGCUUUGAAGGUUUUGCAGCGGCAGAGCGAAGCGGACGUGUUCUAUAAAUAUAGCAGCGUGCUGAUGACACACAAGCCCACGGACCUGGUCGAUAUACUGAUGCGACAGACGAACCUUGAUCCUGAGAAACUGAUCCCCGCGUUGCUGAAUUACAACAAAACAGCCAGUAUCCCCUCUCUCAACCAGAACCAAGCCGUCCGUUAUCUGAACUUCAUCAUUGUCAACCACCCGGAUCCAUCUGCAGCAGUUCACAACACACUUAUCUCAAUACAUGCGUCCAGCCCUUCAUCAUCCGAAUCUGGACUGCUAACCUAUCUCCAAUCGCAGCCAUCAUCGCCUCCUCCGUAUGAUGCAGACUUCGCCCUUCGUCUGUGCAUCCAGAAUCAACGAAUCCAGUCAUGCAUUCACAUCUACAGCACAAUGGGACAAUAUCUACAGGCUGUAGAGCUUGCCCUAGAACACGAUGACAUUGAACUCGCCGCGAUCGUUGCAGACCGCCCAGAGGGCAACGACAAGUUGCGCAAGAAACUGUGGCUCCUCGUCGCGGAGAAAAAGAUUCGCCAACCGGGUACGGGUAUCAAAGAAGCAAUUGAAUUCCUUCGCCGCUGCGAGCUUCUUCGUAUCGAGGACCUAAUCCCCUUCUUCCCCGACUUCGUCGUCAUUGAUGACUUCAAGGACGAGAUUUGUACUGCCUUGGAAGAUUAUUCACGCCACAUCGAUGCCCUUCGCCAAGAAAUGGAUAACUCAGCGCUGACAGCGCGCCAAAUCCGUGGUGAGAUUUCCGGUCUCGAUACUCGCUAUGCUAUCGUUGAGCCGGGUGAGAGGUGCUGGAUCUGCUCGCUGCCUGUUCUCAGCCGUCAGUUCUUCGUGUUCCCCUGCCAGCAUGCCUUCCACAGUGACUGUCUAGGUAGGGAGGUAUUAGAAGGUGCUGGUGGCAAGAAAAAGUACAUUCGGGAUCUGCAGGCGCAGCUCAGCAAUGGCGAUAUGGCUGCCUCGCGACGUGAGGAGAUUGUCAAGGAAUUGGAUGGGCUAGUUGCUGAAGCUUGCAUCCUCUGCGGUGACCAUGCCAUCAAGCAGAUUGAAAAACCCUUCAUCUCAAACUCAGAGACCGCGGAGGAUUGGGCUCUGUAA